CCGUUGGCAUCUGGUGAGCAAAUGUCUCCACACUACGGUGGGGUUUCUGAAGAAAACUGGAACCGAGCACUGGUGGUUGGAGCGGCACUCGAAGGAUCCCUUUGUUAAGGCGACAAAGCGGCAGCAUUACCGUUGCCGAAGUGCCUUCAAAUUACUGGAGAUCGACGACAAGUUCCAUAUUCUUCGUCCAGGACUUUCUGUUCUUGACUGUGGUGCGGCGCCUGGUGCUUGGAGCCAAGUUGCUGUAGAAAGGGUCAACGCCUUAGGUACUGAUCCUGCUGUCCCCACCGGCUUCGUCCUUGGCAUUGACCUCCUGCGGAUUUCUCCUCUGGAAGGAGCAGUCUUCCUGUCGGAGGCCGACAUUGCAGACCCAAGCACGCUGAGGACGAUUCAAAGUCUGCUUCCUGCAGAGAUGGUGGACGUUAUCUUGAGUGACAUGGCACCUAAUGCAACAGGCAUUAAAGAACUGGAUCAUCAGAAGUUGGUGAAUCUGUGUUUAGGCCUUCUGAAUCUGUCCCAAAGUAUUUUAAAGCCAAAAGGAACAAUGCUCUGUAAAUUUUGGGAUGGACGUGAGUCCUGUCUUCUGCAGAACAGACUGAAGGAGCAGUUCCAGGAUGUGAGAACUAUAAAGCCUCAGGCCAGCCGGAAGGAGUCGGCUGAAUCUUACUAUUUGGCAAGACUGUACAAAGGGAAAUGAAAGCUGAGAACCACAGGUUAUCAAACAGAUGACCAGACAUUGAUUGUAAAUCUGAAUUUGUUGCGUGUUUAAAGAAAAAUCCCACCAUAAGACCCCUAACUUGAACCAUUGCAUUGUUGAGAGUGACCUGGGAAAAUCUGCCACGAUUCUUUCCAAGUACCUCGCGCUUUUCAAAUACAAAAAUAAAUCAGGGUGGUGUCCUACUGUGUUUAUCCACUAAUUAUAUGAGGAGAGACAACCAAUCUAGCUUCUCACCUGUGGAGAAGAUGGUUGGGAGUAGAGAGGAAUAAUCUGAAAGGCAACCUCUGGGGCUACAGUAAUGGAAAUGAAAAUAAAUGAGUG